GACAGUGUAUUCAAUAACCUAUUUUACGAACAAACCAACGAAACGAUAAAAGCAUCAUGUAGAUUUCAAUUCCCAGCAAGAUGCUGAACUAAACUCUGAAUUCUUAAGGUUGAAGUAAGAAACUCAAACAUGAGAAUUCGAUUCAUCCAAUUGUCGUGCAUCAACUAAUUACUCUCUAUUCAUUCAAUCAUUCAUUCACCUUGUGUUUCUUCAUUCCAUUCUUUGUUUCUUUUUUGGGGGGUUUUCUGAGAAUAGAAGAAGAUGCAACUUGAUCUGGAAUCAUUGUCCGAAGCUACUUCUGGGGCCAUUGGAUCCCUUGUUAGCACAACCGUUUUGUACCCACUUGAUACUUGUAAAACCAAAUAUCAAGCUGAAGUUCAAGCUCAACAUCAAAGAAAAUACAGGAGAAUUUCUGACGUUUUGUGGGAAGCAAUUUCUAAACGCCAGGUGCUUUCGUUGUACCAAGGCCUUGGGACAAAAAAUGUCCAAUCCUUCAUUUCGUCCUUUAUUUAUUUCUAUGGAUACAGCUACUUUAAGAAACUAUAUUUGAAAACUACUGGAAACAAGAACAUUGGAACAACAGCAAACUUGAUUGCUGCAACUAUGUCUGGCGUCUGUACAAUACUCAUAACACAGCCCUUAGAUACAGCAUCCUCGAGGAUGCAGACAAGUGAAUUUGGAAAAUCCAAGGGACUCUGGGAGACCUUAUCAGAGGGUAGCUGGAGUGAAGCAUAUGAUGGUCUUGCCAUAUCUAUUCUUUUAACAACAAACCCAUCUAUUCAGUAUACUGCGUUCGAUCAGCUGAAACACAGACUACUAAAGGGCAAGAUGAGCAAGAAAACAGAUACAAAGUCAUCCCCGGAUUCACUUUCUGCAUUUUCUGCUUUCAUGCUGGGUGCAGUUUCAAAAUGUGCUGCUACAUGCUUGACAUACCCAGCUAUCAGGUGUAAAGUCACAAUUCAGGCUGCUGAUUCAUAUGAUAAUAAGGGUACAGAAGCUGAAAGGAAGGCACAGAAAACAAUCUCUGGAGCACUCUAUACUAUUUGGAAAAGAGAAGGCCUGUUAGGAUUUUUCAAUGGAUUGCAGGCACAGAUAUUGAAAACUGUUCUCAGCUCUGCAUUACUUCUGAUGGUAAAGGAGAAGAUCACAAAGUCAACCUGGAUUCUGAUGCUCAUGAUUGGAAGAUACUUCUCUGCCAAUCCCCCCAAAUUGAAAGCAUCUUAAAUUUGUGAUGAAUAUAUUAUAAAUAAUUUUUCAUUUAAGGAUAUGCUAAAUUUGACUUAGUUGGCUUUAGAUGAAAAUAGUUGCAGGUGCCAGGAAUGUGAGUGUUGCUAGCUGAUAAGAUCGUGUUUCUAAAAUAGGAAUGCAAAAACUGAAAAUUCAGAUUUCUUCUAAUAAAUGAUUUUCUGUCAUUAA